GAUGGCCUGGCUUGCCGUGAUGACCUGGCUUGCCGUGAUGACCUGGCUUGCCAGGGUGGCCAGGCUUGUGGUGAGGUGCAGGGCUCUUAUGCUCCAAGUCGCGCUUUGCGUGAGGUUUGCCGGGAUUAGGCUUCCCAGGAUGGCCAGGCUUGCCGUGAUGGCCAGGCUUGCCGUGAUGGCCAGGCUUGCCGUGAUGACCUGGCUUGCCAGGGUGACCAGGCUUGUGGUGAGGAGCAGGCCUCUUUUGCUCCAAGUCGCGCUUUGCGUGAGGUUUACCGGGAUGGGGCUUUCCAGGAUGGCCAGGCUCGCCGUGAUGACCUGGCUUGCCGUGAUGGCCAGGCUCGCCAUGAUGACCUGGCUUGCCAGGGUGGCCAGGCUCGCCGUGCUGGCCAGGCUUGUGGUGAGGAGCAGGGCUCUUAUGCUCCAAGUCGCGCUUUGCGUGAGGUUUACCGGGAUGGGGCUUUCCAGGAUGGCCAGGCUCGCCGUGAUGGCCAGGCUCGCUGUGAUGACCUGGCUUGCCGUGAUGGCCAGGCUUGCCAGGGUGAGGGUGGGGGUGGUGUCCAGGAAUAGGGCGGAUGGGGGCGGGAACAGCGCGUUCCUCAAGUGCAGAAGCAGCGACCUGAACCGUAGGGUCUGCAAAAGUUGCCUGGAACAGGGUCAUGCUCACCAAGAGCGAAAGGAUCACGGAAGAAGAGAUGAACUUCAUGGUUGUAGUGGUGGUGGUGGUGGUAAAAAUGGAUGUUGUAGACGCUAUGUGGAGGAAAGGGACUGGGCGAGUAGAUCAGGUAAGGAGAUAGUGAAGAAUGAAAAGGGAAGGAGGUGAAUGCAACGCUUUUUAUACAAAGUGUUGCGAUGGCACGGCUGCUUUCUCCUUUCAUAGGUAUAUUGA